CCGGCCGGCGGGGCUGCUGCACGGCGGUUGGCUUCCGGUGCGGAGCGGCGAUGGCGUCCGGGUGUGAGGGCGAGCGGAGCCCGGCCGCGCGCAGGGAGCAGCGGCAGGCGCUGCGGGACAAGGAACAUUCUGUGCAGAAAAAGAAGAAAAAGGAUAAGCAUUCAAAAAAAGCUAAGAAAGAAAAGAAGAAAAAUAAGAAACAAAAAUCUGAAAAGAAGGAUGACUUACUCGAUAGUUCUUCGGAUUCUUCAAUUGAAUGGGUUGAGUCAAAUGUGUCACAGCCAUGUAACACGGAAAAGGCUUGGAAGGUCAACAAGCAAUCAGAUGCUGUGAAUGAACCCUCCCUGCAGAGAGAAGAAUGGAUGAAUUUAGACUUCAUGUUGUUGAAAACCACAUCAGCAGCAGCUGUCAGAGGUGAACGACACAAAGAACAAAUCUUGGAAGGGCAGAAAGCUCAAGAGCUUGAGCAGGCCAUGCUGUCUGAGAGAGAACUUAAUCCCUAUUGGAAAGAUGGUGGUACAGGUUUGCCACCAGAGAAGGAUGAAGCAGCUUCAGUUAAGAAAGUUACAGUUGUAGAAGACGCUGGAUUAAGUUGGUUACGAAAAUCAUACCAAAGGAUGAAGGAGCAGGCUGAGAGAGAGAAACGAAAUUUUGAGGAAAUUGUAGCUGAGAGAUAUGGGUCAAUGGAGAUAUUUCAGUCACGAUUAGAUGAAGCUGAAAAAGUUGCAUCCAGAAAGGAAAAUUAUUAUGGAAGUGGAAGAUGGAAGAAACUUGACUAUUCAGAAAGUGAGAAAGAGAAGAAAGAACGAUAUAUGAAAAAGGAGACACGAGGUGAAGAUGCUAGGGACAGGAACACAUUUGGAGGCUAUACGAGGGAGAAGUAUGGCAAGGAGUGGGCACAAGAAGACAAAGAUUACAAAAGAGAUAGGCCAAGAGAAGACCAAGAACGUGGACGCAGUAGCGCAGACUCAGUAUUGAGAGGCUCCAAAGCAGAACAAUAUUCCAAUGAAAAACGAAGUCAGGGAAAGAGUUCAUCUCUAAGCAACACGAAACACAGAUUUCUGAAACCCUCUGAAGAUGAUUUAUCAUCUUCACCUAGAAUCUAUGAGUCACAGCAGUCCUCUUCCAGACUGACUGUUCAUAGCUCUUUGAGUAGCCGUUUCCAAAAACCGUGUGAGGAUAUUGCACUGUGGACCAAAACACACAGAGAAGAUAACAAUGAGAAAUUAAUGUCUGAUCAAAAACCAUCAGGUACUAAGGAACAAGUUCAUGACGACAGUUGGGAAAGAACUCCAGGUGAUGUAAAAGAGAAAUUGCAUCAGGAGUACCCAAGUGAUAUCUCUGGGAAGAAACAAACAUUAUCUGACAGUAAAGCAUCAAGUUCUAGAAACACAUCAGAUGAUGAGCCACUUCGGAUCCUUACUGAAGAGGAGAUGAACAAACUGGGAGCGAGGAUUGUGAAAGCAGAACUCAUGGGAGACAUGGAGUUAGCUUCAGAACUUCAAGCAGAACUUCGGAACGCUCGCAAAUUGAGAGAGACUCAAGGGCAGAUUCCAGCAAAUUCUGGCAGAGAGCCUUCAAGCCGUCAAGAAGAACAAGUGGUCCUUGUCAGAACAGAUCAAAGUGGAAGGGCAUGGCCUGUGACCGCACCAGCUGAACCACAGGAGCCCAAAGGAGGCCGGAGAAAGCGGCAGAUGAUCCCUACUCAUGUAGAUAAAGAAAGAGUAAGGUAUUUUCAGGAUGAUGAUAGUAUGAACCUGAAGGAUUUGGUCAAAAAUGAGAAGAUGAGGACAGCAGAGGAUCAAAACUCACUGUUCAUGCGCAUGGCAUCAAAGCUCAUGGAAAAAACUGACAGGGAUUACUACACUCUGGAUGACAUGUUUGUUUCCAAAGCAGCCAAAAGAGUGCGCAGUGGGGAAGAGGAAGAAAUACAAAGAAGAAAAGCAAUACAUGAGCACCAGCAGCUUGCUGCACGCAUGGAAAAGUGCCCAUACUGCUAUGAUAGCAGUGAACUUUCUAAACAUCUUAUUAUUGCAAUUGGCACAAAGGUAUACUUGUCUCUACCAAGCAACCAGUCCCUUACUGAAGGUCACUGCCUGAUAGCUCCUCUACAGCACCAUACUGCAGCCACUCUUUUGGAUGAAGACAUCUGGGAAGAAAUCCAGAUGUUCCGAGAUGCAUUGGUGAAGAUGUUUGAAGCUAAAGACUUGGACUGUGUGUUCCUAGAAACAAACCUGAGUCUGAAGAAACGGUAUCACAUGGUAUAUGAAUGCAUUCCUCUUCCAAAAGAAGUAGGAGAUAUGGCUCCAAUCUAUUUCAAGAAAGCUAUAAUGGAAUCUGAUGAAGAGUGGUCCAUGAACAAGAAGUUAAUUGAUCUUUCUUCAAAAGACAUUCGGAAAUCUGUUCCUAAAGGUUUGCCAUACUUCUCUGUGGACUUUGGUCUUCAAGGAGGAUUUGCUCAUGUCAUUGAAGAUCAACAUAGUUUCCCUCAUUACUUUGGAAAGGAAAUUAUUGGUGGCAUGCUGGACUUGGAACCACGGCUCUGGAGAAAAGGAGUCAGACAGACCUUUGAGGAUCAGAGCAAGAAGGUGUUGCAGUUUGCACAGUGGUGGAAACCAUACGACUUUACCAAAAAGAAGGAUUGAAUACAUUCUUGCAGUCAAGGACUAUAUAUAAGCCAUAAAUGAUAUUAAAGGAUAUUUCAUAAGUUAAGAAUAACACCAGUGUGUUAUGUAUUGCUAAUAUAUUUUAAAACUCAGGAUAUUGUUUAAUUGCUGAUUACCUGUUUCUGGUUUGGACACUGUGGGUCACAUGAACUUGCAAGCCUGACAAAACAGAAGUAUACAGUGGGUUUAGUUUCUCAUUUUUUAUAGAAUAAAAUCCAUGUGACCAUUGGAGUUUUAAGAAGGAAGCUUCUGGUUUUGGAGUUUUAUAAUCUUUGAGGCAACUGAUUUUUUCUAUAUUGUAUUUAGCAUAGAGAUGGUGCUUAAUUAUCACAGUGUCCUUUUGUAGAAAAUGGUGUAUAUUUUACAAACAUUUUGAUUAAUACAAAUACAUUGUUGCAGAAUGAAGCUGAACAGAAAUACUUUUCUGAUUUUGAGUCCUGUGUUCUUUAAGUUGAGGUCAUUGGAGUAAUACAUUCACAUAGAAUGCGGUUGAUAUACCUGCUGCUGCCCCCCUGGACAAGAAUGAGUGCAAUAUUUUGUACUUUCAAUAUGAAGUAGUAUUUUUCAAGCUCAUCUGUUGCUCAAAGAAUGAUGAGACAGUCCACAGUUAGUUGCAAAUGACAGCUUUAAUGGUAACAGUUAUUUUUGAUGACAAUAAAAAAACAAAAAAAGAGAGGAGAGUGGAAGAACCUUAACGGAAAACUCUCUGAUAUCCUGCAAAGAAAAUAAUCACAGGGAUUUCCCCAGGUGACUCUUCUCCCCCAGGCAUCCCCUCCAGUGUGGCAGGUGGUCCACCAUAAUACUUUUCCAAUAAUAACUAACUAGUUUUCAUCAGGACCUGGUCAAACUCCCUGCUGAUUGUUCCUGCUUGUGAUGCUCUUAGCACUGAUUGGAGCACUCUCUCAUCAGAGGCAAGAGUUGCCCGUUAAUUGAUUGUUAAGCUUUGUGCAUGGAUGUCACUGGGAAAUGCUUGUCCACUGUUUAUGGAACUACUGUCUACCAUGUUAUUCACUAGGCUUUUCUUUUUCUUCUGUGUAAAAGUUAGGAAAUGGGGGUAGGGAAGCAUGAGGGCAAAAAAGAAUGGUUCUCGCAUCAGUGUUAAUCACUUUCACUUCUGUGGGAAACCUUGACAUAGCAGGUUCAGGCUUUGCAGGUGUAUAGCUGGGAGAACACGAGGACAGGAGGACACAGAUGAAAACAUUACCACAGUGUUCUCCCAGUGCACAAGGGAAGGGGUGCAGACUUGCAAACAAAACACUGCAGUGGUGCAGGGAAGGCUCCAGAAGGCAAGUGGAAGGCCCUGAGCAUAGGAGAGGUUAAGGCAUUGUGUGAGCGUCUCAACAUGCUUCCUGUUCUUUUCCUGCUGAACCAUUGCCCUGGACAGCUCUGUUAACUACUGUGAACUGCUCAGAUUAAGAAGUGGAUCACUAAAUAUUACGGGGUUGAAUAAGUGUUUCUAGUCCCUUGGUGCUUUUUUACAACUUUCCUGAAGAGACAGUACUUUUUUCUUCUUUUUUCUCUCCAUUUUUGGCAAAUAAGUCUGGUAGAGAUAGAAAUCUACCAUGUUGUGAAUUAUUUUCUGUAGCAUCUUUGUAAAUUUGUGUCACUGCAAGAGAAAUAACUUAAAAAUAAGCUGUCAUGAUAAUUUCAGUGAUUUAAUAUCUGAUUUAUACUGUUUUUCACCAGCAAGCCAUGGAUAAAAGGGCCAGUUCUACUGUUCUCCAGUAAGUUUUGAUCUUCCUUAGGCUACUGGGGAAAUUACAGAGCAAAUAGGACAUGAAAUAGUAGCUGCUGAGUCUGUCAGUGGUUUCAGGGAGGGUGUGCUGCUGCUCCAUCAAGGCCUGGGUGAGGUCUGAGGAGGAACUUAGACUCCAGAGCAUUUUAGUCAAUUAUGUUUGCCACCAGGUUCUCUAGAGAGAACCAGGGUGGAUGCUAUAGUCAAGUGGAUCAUCUGCCUCAGGCCCUGAUAUCUUGAAGAUUCCCAGCCUCGGUCUGUCUUGGUGAAAAUGAGCUAAAGAGGCUCCUGUGAGAUGUUCACUUUCUUGUUUGCUUUUUCUCAGGCUGUACUGUUCAACCUGAUAUUCCCCAGGCUCAUGUGGUUGCUGUAAAAAGCUGCCUGAAGCAUGAGGCAGUUGUUUUCAUAUUAAGGACCCACAUUUUGGGGUUGUUAUUUUUGCUCAAAUUGAAGGAAAGCACCGUGAAUUUGUACCACUACAUUAGCUAAAAAAUGAAGUAAGUGUGAAAGCUGCCACCAUAUCAUUAUUCUUAUAUUCUUAAAGUAAGGCUUUCUGCUAGUUACCGGUGUUUGUCCAGACAGGUAGUUCUCAUUUAUUGUAGUCAUAGAUUGGUUUGGGUUGGAAGGGACCUUAAAGAUCAUCUAGUUCCAACCCUCCUGCCAUGGGCAGGGACACCUUCCACUAGACCAGGUUGCUUAAAGGCCCAUCCAGCCUGGCCUUGAACACUGCCAGGGAUGGGGCAGCCACAGCUUCUCUGGGCAACCUGUGCCAGGGUCUCACCACACUCACAGUAAAGAACUUCCUAAUAUCUAAUAUAAAUCUACCCUCUUCUAGUUUAAAGCUCUUACCCUUUGUACAUAUUCCACCUGCUUUUCCCUUCUUUUGUGUUUUCCUUUGACAUAAGACUCUGAGGUGCUGCAUUUAGUGCAGUUUUGGUGUAACAAUGUUGGAUUGUUGCUUUGUACUUGUUAAAAUACCCAGAAGAGAACAAUGUGGAUUUUUGUUGCUUUGCUAGAAAAUGAAAAUAGCAACAUUCAAUCUUAGGUCUAUUUGGGCUGUUUAUUUUCAGUUUGUUCAUGAAUCUAAACAAUGCAUUAUUCCCAGAGUCAUAAUCAAAUGUGAUUUACUGGGAUUUUACAUAUUGAUUAAAGCAACUUGUUUUAAAUUUCAUACAAGUUUUUAUUGGAAAAUAACAUGUUAAAAUAAACAGUAACUCUCAUGGCAAGA